AUGUCCCAAAGAUUCCAACAAGGUCUAUACAAUAUUUCAAAUGCAUACGAAAGAUCUGGGACAGCCAAACAAAGCGAUUGGACUGGUGAAAAAGAAAUGUUUAGAGUGCAAGGUUUUGAGCAAGUGGACUUAUCCGGGCAGCCACCGGUGUAUGAUACUGGAGGGAUGCUGACUGAGAUCAUAAACUUGCCGUGGCGAAAAGCUGCUAAUGAAAUUUUGGAUGAUCAGAUGCAGAUCCAGUCAAGUAAUAACCGAUGGCUGCAAAAACAACAAAUUCCAGCAGAAGUUCAUGAGGCUGAGCUUCCUUUUAUGAUUCCACAUGUUAAAGCAUCUUCUGCUCCUAUAUCUUCUUCAAUCCAGAGGUUACUUCCAUCAGACUUUUCUCUUCAAGGAUUUCCCUUGAAGUUACUUCCAUCAGACUUUUCUCUUCAAGGAUUUCCCUUGGUUAAUAUGGACCCUCCACCUCAAUCUACUUGGUUAUCUAGUAGCGGUGGUGGAGAUGAUACUACCACGAAAAUUGGAAGCAUCAUGGAUGGACAAGGACUUUCUUUAUCAUUAUCUUCGUUGAGGCACUUGGAAUCCUUCAAAUUCGAGGAUUUAAGGAUGGAAAAUAGUGAGGUUUACCUCCAUAAUCAAGGAAUAGGGACUUCCUCAAGUAAUCCCUAUGGUCCAAAGAAUUUUGGGCCUUAUCCGCCACGGGAUGAUCAAAUUCAUUUUGGAUAUACAGCAUCUCCAAUGGUCACAAAUGGCUUGAAAAAUUCUAAAUAUUUGAGAUCUGCCCAAGAAUUGUUGGAAGAAUUCUGCUCUGUCGGGAGAGGGCAAUUCAAGAAUCAAAAAGUGAAAAAGCAAGACAGAAACCCUAAUUCUCUGAAUGGUGGCGGCGGAGGCGGUGCUGGGGCCUCAUCCUCAAAAGACCGUCACCCUUUAUCUCAAGCAGAAAGGGCCGACUAUCAGAGGAAAAAAGUUAAGCUAUUAUCAAUGCUUGAUGAGAUAGAUGGAAGAUACUCGCGAUACUGUGAACAAAUGCAGGCAAUGGUGAAUUCCUUCGACGUGGUUAUUGGAAAUGGGGCAGCAGCUCCAUACACAGUACUAGCACAGAAGGCAAUGUCUCGGCAUUUCCGGUGUACAAAGGAUGCAAUAAUUGCACAGCUUAAGCAGACUUGUGAGAUUCUUGGAGAAAAUGAUCUUACAAUUAGUGCUGGGUUGACAAAGGGAGAGACCCCAAAGCUUAAGCUGCUUGAGCAAAAGUUUAGGCAGCAAAAAGCCCUUCACCACAUGGGAAUGCUGGAUUCUGAAGCCUGGAGGCCCCAAAGAGGAUUGCCUGACCGUUCUGUUAACAUUUUGAGAGCCUGGCUUUUUGAGCAUUUUCUCAAUCCGUAUCCAAGUGAAGCAGACAAGCUUUUGUUGUCUAGGCAGACUGGUUUAUCCAAAAAUCAGGUAUCAAAUUGGUUCAUCAAUGCUAGGGUUAGGCUGUGGAAGCCUAUGGUGGAAGAAAUGUAUCAACGGGAAUUCCAAGAAGAACAGGAGGCAGCUGAGACAAAACAAGACAAUAUUAAUGAACCAAAUUCAGAAACCCACAGCCAAAACAAUGUUGUGACAACUGCACAAACUACAAUGCACAACACUCCUACCAUACCAGCAACGAGCAAAAUAUCAGAAAUGAAUGCAUCAGAAAAGGACCCUUCACAAAACAGCAUCAAAUAUAGGCAGUGCACCUUGGGAAACCAACUCAGCUUCCAAGCUGGUAGCUCAUCCACAUCCACAACGUAUGCUGACCUUGCGCCAUCCGUGUACCGGUGUUUUAUGGCAAACGAGGCAGAGGCAGCUGAAACACACGACUUGGGAGUAUCGACAGAUGAAGGUGCCAACGCGGGGCUUGUUAGGCUUGGCAGUUCUCAGGCAGGAGAUGUGUCUCUCACUCUGGGACUCAGGCAUUCGGGAAAUGUGGUGGUGGGUCGUGAUGAUGGCAACAAAGACGAGGGCGGAAAUGGUGUUGAUGGUGAAAGUAGUCAUGAUGAAGACAACGACGACUAUGGUGAUGCUGAUGGCAAUGACGACAACAACUAUGGUGGUGAGGUAUUGUUGUGUUUUUAG